GUUUCCGGCUGCAGAGGCGAUAGGUUGGAAGGACAGCCCGGGCGGGAAGUUUCCGAUUCGUCAUCCUGUCGUGUCUUGUUACCGUAAUUAUUUUUUCCGAAGUGGCACCAAAUGAAGACUUAUUGAGCGCAUCCAGAUUUUGACACGCCUAAUCCCACCCUGUCCGCCGCAUCCUCAUAAACAGGGUGUCUGGUGUCCUCUCCUAUUUUUACCAGCGGGUGCUGAAAGCCUCUGGAAGCCCCUCGUCAAUGCCCAUCCCAUUCCCUCCCGCCGGCCUCGUGUCACCAUUUAUUAAGUCGUCAUUACUCAGGUCCGCCUCGGCCCGCCGGAGGGGCCUCUCGAAUGGUCGGGCCCUCUUGCCGCGCUCCCGAAAGGGCAACCCCUCGAAAGGCAUGUUGCGGCGGAUCAAUGCAGGUACCCGGGCAGCCAUUAGCCCGCGCUAAUGCGGACAGAUAGGAAGGGAGGCGGAGGUCGACGGAUGGAGAGGACACUUUCAUGUGUCUGUCUGCACAUCGCCUUGUUUUGGGUAAACAGCCAAAAAGGCUCUUUGGAUUCAAAGGGUGAUGAGAUAUGUGGGGUGAUGGACACCGCGUGGGGGCGUAAAUCAACGUUACAAAGGAAAAUGCUGAAAGACUUUGACAGCCGUAACAAAAAAAAAAAAAAAAGUUUGCAUCUGUUGAUUCUAUUAGCGAGUGUGGGUUUUGUACUUUUUAGAAAUCAGCGGCGCUCUGCGGUCCCGGCAUGGUAUAUUUGCGCUUCAAAAUCAGUGUAUCGGUGCUUGAGUGUGACUUGAAUGAUCCUGAAGAAAAAUCUUGUUUUUGGGAUACUUUGACUCCAGUGGUGGGGUUACCGAUCGGGGGUCUCGGUCCUCUCAGGUUGUUUUCUUUAGACUGCCCCAAGGUGCGCCAGUUGACACAUCAGCACCCGUGUUUAUCAAAGCUUUUAUCACCUCGACACUGCAACCCAACCAUCCACCCCCCCUCCCCCCACCAUAUGGGAAGGAAGCAGGAGUCUGCUGGAGCUCCACGCCAGGAUUAGAGGGUUACCGCCAGUGUCUGAUCAUUUGGGGGGGAAAAAAAAAGAGAAGAAGAAAGAAAAAAAAUUAUCCGGAAUAUAAGACCGCCUUCACUUAACGCAUUUGUUUUUUUUUUUGGGCAGUUCAACUGAUUCCCAAGUGUCCGGCAUCUUAUCCCUGAGACCUCACCUGGGGGACUACCUUCUGGACCUCCAUCCGGAGAGCCAUGUGAGCUGCACCCCACCUCAAACCGCCCAACACCCCUCCAGCUAAAGGGAGCACACGUUGGAUUCUUCCCCUUUCAACUGGAACCUUCACUUUCCGUCCACGCCGAGAGGGGAUUCUCCGGGCUCGCCGCUGUGCCCCCCCGCCCCCUCUCCCCGGAGCUACUCAUCUUGGGGCGCUGGUAAGGGGCUGUGAGUGCCCCCCUGGUCCGGAGGCCAGCCGGCAGCACUCCAGCGCCAUGGAUUACCUGUUUGGCUUCGUGGCGCUGCUGUGCGGGGCGCUGCAGCCGGGAAGUGGACUGGAGCCCAAGCGCAACGUACCCAGGCUAAAGCUGUCAUACAAGGAGAUGUUAGAGUCCAGCAACCUUGUGAGCUUCGCCGGGCUGGCCAACAGCUCCGGCUACGACACCUUCCUGCUGGACGAGGAGCGAGGCAGGCUGCUGGUCGGCGCCGAGGACCACAUUUUCUCUUUCGACCUGGUCAACAUCAGCAGAGACCGCAAACAGAUCGCGUGGCCCGCCACCCCCUCCAAGCGGGACGAGUGCAAGUGGGCGGGGAAGGACCUCGGGGAAGAGUGCUCGAACUUCAUCCGCGUGCUCCAACCCUACAACCAGACCCACUUAUUUGUCUGCGGCACCGGAGCCUUCCAUCCCAUCUGCUCUUACCUGGAAAUGGGCAAGAAAGCCGAGGUAAUGACUUUGAAACACGACGGACAUUGUACAAGCAGCGUCGAAUGUGCAAAUCAACAGUCACGUCCAAAGAUUUCAUCAAUUGGCCUGAUUGACUCUUUCCUUCCGCAGGACAACAUCUUCAGGCUCGCCUCGCAUUUCGAGAACGGUCGCGGUAAAAGCCCUUACGACCCCAAGAUGCUCUCGGCGUCCCUCCUGAUCGAUGGGGAGCUCUACUCGGGCACGUCGGCCGACUUCAUGGGGCGGGACUUUGCCAUUUUCCGAACGCUGGGGGAUCAGCACCCCGUCAGGACGGAGCAGCACGACUCCAGGUGGCUCAACGACCCGAGAUUCGUCGGCAUUCACUUGGUCCCGGAGAGCGACAACCCCGAGGACGACAAGAUCUUCCUGUUUUUCAAAGAGAACGCCAUGGACGGAGAGCACACGGGCAAGGCCACCAUCGCCCGGAUAGGACAACUGUGUAAGAACGACAUGGGAGGCCACCGCAGCCUGGUGAACAAGUGGACCACCUUCCUCAAGGCCCGGCUCACGUGCUCCGUGCCGGGCGUCAACGGCAUCGACACGCACUUCGAUGAGCUGCAGGAUGUUUUCCUCAUGAGCUCCAAAGACCCCAAGAAUCCGCUGAUCUACGCCGUUUUCACCACGUCCAGCAACAUCUUCAAAGGCUCGGCGGUUUGCAUGUACAACAUGGCGGAUAUCCGGAGGGUGUUCCUGGGCCCCUACGCCCACAGGGACGGACCCACAUACCAGUGGGUGCCCUUCCAAGGCAGGGUGCCCUACCCCCGACCUGGAACGUGCCCGAGCAAGACGUUCGGCGGCUUCGACUCCACCAAAGACCUCCCGGAUGAUGUCAUCACGUUCGCCCGGGGUCACCCGGCCAUGUACAACCCGGUGCACCCCAUCGGCGGGCGCCCCAUCAUGGUGCGCACCGACGUGGACUACCAGUUCUCGCAGCUGGUGGUGGACCGCGUGGAGGCCGAGGACGGCCAGUACGACGUCAUGUUCAUUGGCACGGACGUGGGCACGGUGCUCAAGGUGGUGACCAUCCCCAGGGAGAGUUGGCAUGACCUGGAGGAGGUCGUGUUGGAGGAGAUGACCGUCUUCAGGGAACCUGCCACCAUCACCGCCAUGGAGCUGUCGACCAAGCAGCAACAAUUAUAUUUGGGCUCCUCGCUGGGCGUGUCGCAAAUGUCGCUGCACCGCUGCGAGGUGUACGGGAAGGCCUGCGCCGAGUGCUGCCUGGCCCGGGACCCGUACUGCGCCUGGGACGGCACCGAGUGCUCCAGAUACUUCCCCACCGCCAAGAGGCGUACGAGACGGCAGGACAUCCGGAAUGGAGACCCACUUUCCCAGUGCUCGGAUCUUCAGCAUCACGACGAUGUUGACGGCCUGGGUGGCGGCGUAGGCGGCGUGGAGGACCGCGCGGUCUACGGCGUGGAGAACAGCAGCAUGUUCCUGGAGUGCAGCCCCAAGUCCCAGCGGGCGCUCAUUUACUGGCAGCUGCAGACGCCCGGCGGCGAACGCAAGCAGGAGAUCAAGAUUGACGAGCGGGUUCUGCGCACGGACCAGGGCCUGCUCAUCCGCAGUCUGUCCCAGUCGGACACGGGGGUGUACCACUGCCAGGCGGUGGAGCACGGCUUCAUACAGCCGCUGCUGCGUCUCAGCCUGCAGGUCAUCCCCGCCCACAGGCUGGGCGACAUCCUCCCGGGGCCGCCUGGGGCCGCGGCGCCUCCGGCCGGCAAGCAACGCGUGUGGUACCGGGAUUUCCUGUCCCUGCUGGAUCACCCGGACCUCAACAGCGUGGAGGAGUUCUGCGACCGCGUUUGGAAGAAGGAGCGAAAACCCAAGAAGGCGAAGGCGCCCAACGGCCAGGCCGGCCCGCCGCCGCGGCCCAAAACUUUGGCUCCGAACGCGCAAAAGCUGCAGGCCGGUCCCCCUCAGGGCAAAGCUUGGCUCCAGACCGGAGCGGAGAACCCGAAUAGUCAAGCCACCCUGGGCAUGCUGAGUGUCCAGACGCCCAAGAACCAGCCCAAGACGCAGAGCGGUCCGAAGGGGCAGGCUGCGGCCCGGGCGGGGGUCCAGCACGCCGCCAAGUGGCGCCGGAUGCAGGACAACAAGAAGGGACGCAACAGGAGAACCCACGAGCUGCAAAGACCCCCGAGGAGCGUUUGAGGGGGGCGGGAUAAAACACACCAAAAGAAGCACAAAGACGAGCACAUACACACGCACACACACAUACAUUCUGUAGAGUGUAUCUCCAGUUUAGGAUUCAGUGACCUCUCCACACACACACACACACACACACACACACACACACACACACACACACACACAUCAUGAAAUGCACAGGAGCUGUGAAUAAUAGCCGCGGGAAAGCUACGUGUAAAAAAGAAAAAACGUGUGAGGAUGUGGCCGGUCGCCAUAGAUACGGCCCGGCGGACACUCAGCGCCUCCUUGUACAUACAUGAGCUAGUUCACACUUCAAGACGGGAAGACGGCGGACAAUUCCAGAAUAAAAUAGCCGCAAAUUCUCUGCAGGACUCAAGCAUGUGACCCUCACGGAAUGGAACAAACUUUUUUCUCGUUUGCGGAAAAGGAGCAACGAAGCUUCCAUGUCGCCAUUAACGCAUCACGUGCAAUGGGAAGCAUCGUGCAUGUUGUUGUCCAUCCAUUAGUUCAAUAAGCUACUUGUCUGCUUUUUUUUUUUUCCCUCAACCGACCUGAAACAAUUUGUUUUUAUGUAAGACACACAUCAUGACUGCGGUGGUCUCAUUGUCCCCUCUGUGUAACUUAUUACAUCCGCAACACACACUUGUUUAGUGUACAUAUAUACAACAACCUUCUAUCUGUGUGUAUAUACAGUGCAGGAAACACCAUGUGAUCUUUUAUUUAUUGCUCGUUUUGUGAAAGGGUUGCAUUUAUUUUUUUAUAUUAUGCUAUUUUGGGGUGGGCCUCAUCCAUAUAUCGGGGGAAACAGCAGUUCAAAAAAAACGUCUUUGGACCAACUGGCGGGAAUUAUGUCAAGUAUUCAUUUUGGGGAUAGAAGGACAGAAUAUAGAGAUGAAUAUAAAUAAUAAGGCCUAGCCACGAUAAGCACAAUUUAGUUUUGUUUUUGUUUUCUUCCACAUCCAUGUGCGUCAUUCAGUUCCAUGUAAGAUACCACUCCACUUAGGAAGCCAUUUCUAGCUUGGAAUCUCUCGAAGAAAUGUCCACUUAGCCCAAGGAGACGUGUUAUAUUGCAUGUGAAUGCUGCCUCCAGUGCGUGCAUCUUUUAUUUUUUUAUUUUAUUUUUUU